CUGAAGCCAUGGAAAAAUUGGACGACCAACACUACGUAUUGUCAUUUCCUCACGAAACGAAAGCACAACUAAUCUGUAACCAGAAAGACUACAUAAUGCUUCAGGGCAGUUACCUUGCUACAAUUCCCGUUGGAUGUCCCCUGAAAUCGGAAGAAUUCACAAUCUCAAAUGACUAUGAUGAAAUUGAAGGACAAUCACUAAAACUAAUGAAACUACCAUACGACGCAGAGAAACAUGCCGCCGCUGCUACCCACAUCAAUUUGAAUUCCAUCGACCUCCAAGGGUUACACAGCGUCCAAGACAAAGUUAUGCUGCAGAAUCCUGUUCAACUGGACCAGCUGCAAAUGGACGUCUUCUAUCACACCACAAUCCCAUUCUACGGAGUCUUGUUGGCUGCAGGCAUAACCACCAUCAUCGCAAUGACCAGACGCUACCUAUGCAAAUUUAAGAAAACCUCGAGAAAAGACCAGCAGCCCCCCGUAAUAAUUCUGGAAGGAAAUAAGAAUCCUGAGGAUGUCCCGGCAACAUUUUCACUAAACGUGCUAAAAUAGUCG